UUUUAACCAAUUAUUUUGUGUUUAUUAUCAUCUGAUUUGUCCAUAUUUUAUAUAUAUUCAAUAUAAAUAUAUUGUAAACCAAUUGCGACCAUUUAUCGGGUAUUUACAUAAAAUAAAAACAAUGGCCGCCAGUGUACGGACACCGCUGCAGACGGUCCACGAAUCCGUAGCCACCGAUCAGAAUGAAGAGCCAGUUCAAGUCAAUCCAAUCCGGACGUCCCGAAGUCGGACAUCGGAAGAACCGCAUAUCGGUCGGUACCGAUUGCUGAAGACCAUUGGUAAAGGCAAUUUUGCAAAAGUCAAAUUAGCCAAACACCUGCCCACUGGUAAAGAGGUGGCCAUUAAAAUCAUUGACAAAACACAACUCAACCCAUCGAGUCUUCAAAAGCUGUUCCGAGAAGUAAGGAUAAUGAAGAUGUUGGAUCACCCGAACAUUGUUAAACUAUAUCAAGUAAUCGAAACGGAAAAGACAUUGUAUUUGGUUAUGGAGUACGCAUCGGGUGGCGAAGUAUUUGACUAUUUGGUAGCUCACGGCCGGAUGAAAGAAAAGGAGGCCAGAGCUAAGUUUCGGCAAAUUGUAUCGGCCGUACAGUACUGUCACCAGAAGAAAAUUAUUCACAGAGAUCUUAAAGCAGAGAAUCUGUUGCUCGAUAGCGAAAUGAACAUCAAGAUCGCCGACUUUGGUUUUAGUAACGAAUUUGUUCCCGGACAGAAAUUGGACACAUUUUGCGGUAGUCCACCCUAUGCCGCACCCGAACUAUUUCAAGGCAAAAAAUAUGAUGGACCUGAAGUUGAUGUCUGGAGUUUAGGGGUUAUAUUAUACACACUAGUCAGUGGUUCUCUACCUUUUGACGGCGCAAAUCUCAAAGAACUUAGAGAAAGAGUACUUCGCGGCAAAUAUCGGAUCCCAUUCUAUAUGUCUACCGAUUGCGAGAAUUUACUUAAAAAGUUUUUGGUUUUAAAUCCGGCAAAGAGGGCAUCUUUAGAGAAUAUAAUGAAAGACAAAUGGAUGAAUAUAAGCUAUGAAGACGACGAACUCAAACCAUUUAUUGAACCUGAAGCUGAUUUGGCAGAACUGCGAAGGAUCGACAUCUUAUCAUCGAUGGGUUACGGAAGAGAAGAGAUCGAAGAUUCGCUAAGAACUCGCAAAUACGAUGACAUUAUGGCUAACUAUUUGUUAUUAGGGAAGCGAACAACUGAGAACGAGUCGUGUGAUUCCCGGUCGAGUUCGAGUCUAUCAUUACGCGGUCUACGAGCCAAUGCAGAGAUCAAUACUAAUAGUCAAUCGCCAUCACACGUAAAAGUACAGCGAAGUGCGUCGGCUACGGCCAAACCGCGACGAUUCAGUCACGGAGGAGACAAUGGUAAUCAAAAUCCGCAGACCAAUUCAACAACCGCAGCACCCAUUACUUAUAAAAAACAAAACACUUUAGACGUUAAUAAUAGCAAAGACAAUACAAAUGGUACUAAUGGUCCGCCGUCGUCACCGUCUGUCACAAAUACCCGUUCAAUCAAAUCGCCGUCAAGUGGUGGCGGUUCAUCAGGUCUAGACACGGCCACCACGGCUGGAGCUCAAGUACUCAGUCCAUCAAAGAUUCAGACCAUAGGAAUGGGUUCGUUAAGACAAAAGCCCACACCUCCCAUAUCCACAGCCAUUUUGAAGAAUACGUUCAGCAGCGGAAUUCCCCGACGAAACACUUAUAAUUAUAACAAUGAAAAGAGUGCCUCCACUGAAAAGGCAUCCAUCAAUGAUAACCCAAGUAACAUUUCUGAAGACAAUUCCAAUUCGAGUACAUCGACAGUGUCCUCUAUAGCGACACUGAGACCAGCUAAAGGUCACACUAAGUCCGCUUCAAUUUCUGUCGCCGGGCGUACCAAAAGUGAUAACCGACCCGAUAGUAGUGUCGAGUUGGGUCGUGGCGCCGGCAGCUCGUCGACAGCCAAAGGAGCCAUAUCUCCCUUACCUGUUGUCAAUCGGGCAUUUCCACGGGGCACAGUUAAUAGGAGCACAUUUCAUAGCGGCCAGACUCGUGAGAGACCGAGGCCAUCAUUCAACGGUCCCGGAGGAGCUCCUCUUCAGACUGUCGAUACCUCCGGAAUCUCGAGGCAGUCUUUCUUUAGUAAAUUGUCCUCAAAAUUUAGCAAAAGAACAAUGGCCGACGACUCGACAAAGCCGCGCAGUCUUCGCUUCACAUGGUCUAUGAAGACGACAUCAUCAAGAGAUCCAAAUGAGAUAAUGCAAGAGAUUCGUAAAGUUUUAGACAAAAACAACUGUGAUUACGAACAGCGCGAAAAAUAUCUGUUACUCUGUGUUCACGGAGACCCCAACACCGACUCACUGGUUCAGUGGGAGAUCGAAGUCUGUAAACUGCCCCGACUUUCACUUAAUGGCGUUAGAUUUAAGCGCAUCUCUGGUACUUCAAUCGGCUUCAAGAAUAUAGCCUCUAAAAUAGCUAACGAACUAAAAUUAUGACUCGGAUUCGAGUUGUCAUUAAUGGAAUCCGUUGACGACCACGAAGAUGAUAACUGUUGAAGAGUUUGUGUGUGUGUUUAAAGAAGACAUUAUAGACUAUAUAUAUAUUUUAUAGGAGAUUAACCACUUAUUUAAGUUAAUUGUUUAGUAUUAAUUAAUAUUAACAUUUAUUCAUAUUAUUACAAUUAUUAAU